AGAUAAAGAUGCGCAUUCAAACUUUCCCCUGUAUUCCAAUGGGAGAAAAAAGGAGUAACUCUUUUCUCUCUGAUUUACGAAUGAAAUUUACAGUUGAUUCCCGAUUUAUAUAGUGGUUACCAUCAGCAUCCUCAUGUUCAUAAUUUUACUGUGAAUCGCCAAAGGAAUCCUAAAAAGAAGCUUUAACUUUUAUUCUUGUUUUGUUUUACUUUUUUUUUCUAUCUCUUUUACCUUUUUUCAAUUCUUGUUAAAAUCCAAUUUCCAAUCGACAGAUAAACUAAAUAGCAAUAAGGAAUAUUGACUUUUUGCCUUACGGCAACAUUAUUAUAUUCAUUUCUUGUUAUUACAAUUUCAAUUUUUCCCCUUAAAUCAACCCAAAUCCAAAACUGACAAAAGCCAACUUUGUACCGAAGUGAAUAAAACAAAGAAAAAUGAAAUAAGAUAUAAAAGUCUAUACAACUUUUAACAUCAACUUUUCCUAACCCAAGUGAUUAACCUCGGAAAUAUCAUCAACAUUAUCUGCUUUACCAUCAACAGGAAUAUUGAAAACAUUUAUUGUUAAAAAAACACCAAUUUUUGGGUUUCUGCUUUUGUUUUGUUUUUCCGUUUACUGGAUAAGGAGUGAAAUCAGUUUUACAAGUUAUCUUGUUUUUGUUUUAACCUGGUAAUAAAGUCUUACAAAGAUAAUUUGAUUCUUGUGAGCAAUUUACAUGAUCACAAUUAACAUAAUUGGUGAAGGAAAAAAAUGUAACACUCAUAAAAGAAGCCAAGUGUAAUCAAGUUGAUUAAAUUUUGUUCCUUCAAUUUAUCCAUCAUUUUCUGGUUUUGUUUUACUGGUUCAAAUUUGCAACAUUAAUCAAGAAAGGAUACCAAAGAAAAGAGAACUCAAUUUUCAAUUUUGAAAAUACAACAAAAUACGAUUCCCAGGUUUCUUGAGUGAAGUUUAUGUUUUGCUGUCUUCAAAGGCAAGGUUGUUUUGAACCCGAUGAAAUGGAUGCCUCUGGUUUUGGCCCACCAAUACCAACAAUAUUGACUUUUGGAGGUCAAAGAGACGUUAACCUUACCCCUCAACAAUCAUUAACAAAUAUACCUCAAUCACAACAAUUACCUCAACACACCCAACAAUCUCAACACCAUCAACACCAGCAGCAGCAUCAACAUCAUCAUCAACAACAACAGCAACACCAACAAUCUCAACCUCACCAUCAGCCGCAACCUCUACCUCCACCUCCGGUCCCUGUUUCAGCCACUAGUGGAGGUACUUAUGGUAACUCAUAUGGUGGUGGACCGGUGAGUCAAUCAAAUGCUAAUAACAUCAACACCAAUAAAGAACCUUAUUCAGUUAUUAAUCCCAAAAUAUUAACUGGAUCCAUUCAUCGACCCUCUUAUCCUCAUAUUGAAACUGCUCACGGUGGCUGGCCCAUUGGCUUUGAAAGUGCCAUUUCUGCCACAGUUGGUGAAAAUCCUGGUACAUGUGCUUAUCUACUGACCACUUUUUCUGUGAUACUGAUUGUUAUCUUCUUGCCUUUAUCGCUCUUCUUUUCAAUCAAGGUUGUCCAAGAGUAUGAGAGAGCGGUAAUAUUUCGUUUAGGACGCUUAUUACCUGGUGGAGCUAAAGGACCUGGAAUAUUUUUCAUCAUUCCCUGUAUUGAUACAUAUUCCAAAGUCGAUUUACGAACAGUUUCAUUCGAUGUUCCCCCUCAAGAGGUAAACUUAUCAAUAUUUUUCCAAAAAAGUAUUUUUCACAUUCAAUUCAAUUCCCUUUUCCUUCAGAUUUUAUCAAAAGAUUCAGUUACAGUUGCAGUUGAUGCUGUUGUCUAUUAUCGUAUAAGUAAUGCUGCCAUUGCAGUAUCAAAUGUUGAAGACUAUGGACGGUCAACCCGUUUACUGGCGGCCACAACCUUACGUAACGUUUUAGGAACCAAAAAUUUAUCUGAAAUUUUGUCUGAACGCGAAUCAAUCAGCCAUGUGAUGCAGACAAGUUUAGAUGAAGCAACGGAUCCGUGGGGUGUUAAAGUGGAAAGGGUUGAAAUCAAAGAUGUUCGUUUACCUGUUCAGUUACAACGUGCUAUGGCAACAGAAGCCGAAGCUGCCCGUGAAGCUCGAGCCAAAGUGAUUGCAGCUGAAGGAGAGCAGAGAGCGUCUCGUGCAUUAAGGGAAGCGUCCGAGGUUAUUCAUGAUUCACCGGCUGCUCUUCAAUUGCGUUACCUCCAAACACUGAGCUCAAUCGCAGCAGAAAAAAACUCGACCAUUGUGUUUCCCGUUCCAAUGGAGUUGUUUCGAGGUUUAAUUCCUCAUUCUUUUCAUGCGGAGACACCAACACCGACCCUGAAACGACCAGCAAGACGAGUAAAAUCAUCGCCUAAACCAACUGAACAAAGCAAACCAAGUGAACUUGAGGUUGAACCGCAACCACUAACCGCAAACCCGGAAUCGGAAAAUCAUGCACUUUUUCAUGAUGUUUCUUGGCCUUUUGCUAACCUCAUGUUACCCUGGCCAAUGGAUGAAUAAUGUUCAUUUAGUAAUGAUCAACUUGUCUCCCAAUGUUUCUUUAUUGUUUAGACAGGAAAAGUGUAUCCAUUACCGAAUGUCGUUCAUUCCUUGAGGACAAUUUUUGAUUAACUGUUGAUUUGUACAACUUGUUUUGCUUUAUCCUUCUGUUGUAAAUCAAAAUCUGUUCAAAUUCAUUUUGAUUUUCGCUUGCUUCUGAUAUCACAAACAAACAUAUUGGUAAAGACACGGGCUUGAAGAAAUGAUUGCAAUCAAAUAUAUUAUCGAAAUGAUUUGGGACAAAUAAAAGUAUAAUAUUUUGAAAACUAAU